GUUUGAGGUCCGGGAGUUUCUCUCUCUAGGGUUGCCUCCGGGUAACGCUUAGCGUUUUUCGUCCGCCAUCGAUACAAUUGAGGGGCGGGGCUGGGAUCUGCUGGCCAGCUGUGUAUUCUUAGUAAAUUCGAAGUCGAUUCUUUGGCUUUGGGAGGAUUUCCGAUUGCGAGGGAGUCGGGCUUGAGGAUUUCUUCCGACGAUUGUGUCGAGGGACUAAUUUGGGGUGUUGGGCGGCUGAAUCGAGACGGCGGAUUCGUUCAGAACUGCGGCGGCACGUCCGGCAGGAAGACAAGGAGGAAACUGUUUAAUUUGAAUGGAGAGUUUUGUGGACAAAUACAAAAAAUGGCGUUAGAGGCAGAGGAAGCAGAUCUGGACCUGGACGAAUUUGAUACAGAGGACGUUCCGGAAGAGGAGAGCAACCCGGGGUCCCCGGUGGUGGGGGUGCUGUUGACAGACAAGAAGGUCAGAUUUCUGGUGUUUAAAGAACUCAUGUCCUCACUCUGGAGACCGGGGAAAGGAAUCUCGAUCAAAGUAGUCGGAGAAAAAAGGUAUACGUUUACUUUUUAAAGAACUCAUGUCCUCACUAUUCUUAAGCGUGAUCUGUUGAUGUUGAAAGAAGUUAAGCCUGAUGAUAUUCCGCAUAAGAUUGUGUUAAAUGAGACUGAUUUUUGGAUUCAAGUACAUAAUGUUCCUUAUAGUCUAGUAAAUCUUUGUACUGCCAGGCGGGUUGGAAAUUUUAUUGAAAAUUUUAUUGAAAAUUUUAUUGAAAAUUUUAUAAAAUAUGAUCAUAAUAAGAAUAGUGAGAAGUUGGAGUCUUAUAUGAGAAUCAGGGUGUGGAUGAGUGUGGAUAAACCAUUGAAAAAAGGUACCAACUUGAAGAAAGAAGGAAAGAGUUAUUGGGUGGAUUUCAAGUAUGAAAAGUUGCCCAACUUUUGUUUUAUAUGUGGCUUAUUUGGGCAUUUAGAUAAAUUCCGCUCUUUCACCUAUGAAGAAGAUUUAGUUUUGGAAAAAAAAUUGGGGUCCAACUCAGGGCGGUUAGCGGGGUGAAGACUAGCCCAACAUGAGGAGGCAAAUGGCUAGUGGAGGGUUCUUCGAGCUCUGACAGGGAACACAUGUUUAUGGGGGAUGAUAAAUAUGAUGGCAUGAUGUGAGAAGGGGGAAAAGAAUCUAUCUCAGAAUCAGCACAGAGUGCUACUAAAGGCGGGGAAGCAGAAACAAAAGAAGAAGCACCUGGGGAACAAAAGCGAAGAAGAAUUUUGGAUUUCCAGGGAGAAGGUAAGCCGGGGGAGGAUAAUAUGGCUCUUGACGAGACAUAAAAUGGGGAAGGGCGCGGGCUUCAAUUCGUCUGGUAAGUUCGCCCUCAGAUGAUGCAGUCAGAACCAGUGCAGAGAGUAUGGGUGCUCGUGCAGUUCGAUAAGCUAGGACGGCAUUUUUAUUUUAUCAGCUUUAUUUUUUUCUGCUUUGACAAUUGUUAUUUUCUUUAGAUGUGUUUUGUUUUUGGGUUUCCUUUAUGUAAGACUGUGGAUAUGGAUGUGGGUGAUAGAAGGAUUGAGGUAAUUGUCUUUGGCUCAAUUGUUCCCAUUAAUGGAUCAUCGAGUUAUAUAUAUUGCUUCUUUUGAGGUGAUUAACUUUGAGUCUGGUUCGCGGGAUGACGGUUGUCAGGAAUCUUUUUGUCGGAUUACCUACUAUCUGAAUGAUGUGUUAUCAAUUUAAGCUCAUUUUCUUCCAAAAAAUAAGAAAUACUACUAUUAAAGAUGGGAAAAGUAGCACCGAGUAUGUUUUACUCUAGCUUCUAUUUAGGAUCUUUUAUCUAGACAGAAAUUUGUUAGUCUGGUUUGUUUAAGUAUGAACUAGUCAGUCUGAUCUGGUAAAUGUUUGGUUUGUAUUUUAUAAUUAGAGAAAUUUGAUCUGAUCUAUUUAAAUCUGGUUUCGUUUAGUGAUUGAAAAUAGCCCAAGUAAAAAUAUCCUUAGGCCAUUAACUUUUGCCCGGCCUCAACUAUACUACACCAUUUCAAAUCAAUUGUCAUUUUAAUCAUCUUUUUCGCAAAUGAUUCUCAUCCAUGAGUUAUGAUAUGACAAUGAGCCGUAGGUGGAGGCUAAU